AUGCGAUUAGGUCAAUUACCGGCUUUCGUAAAUCCCCUCGCCUUGUUGCGCCUGGAUAUAACGCGUAUCUUCUCCGCUUGCGCGAGUCCUGGUUCCGUCCACCCGCACCACGCAUUCGUGCUUCCGCCAGCUGCCCGUUGCCCCUCUUCGCUUCCCCAGAUGCUUCCGCAAGGGCAUCCGCCCCGCGCCCUUGCGCAGGGCUCCGCGCACCUAUCCGCACUGCACGUCCCUCCACGUGUUCCGCCAGGAAGGGGAUCAAGAGGUCCGGCGGAGGAGGGCAGCAGGGGGAGUUACCGGGGGGGCGGGAGGGACGGAGGGGAGAGACGUGGACGUGGGGACGACAGAGGGGCGGAGCGAGACGGAUACGCGGCUUAUGGGGAUGUGGUGCAGCGAGGUAGUUACGCGGGGGGGAGAGAGGGCGGUUAUGGCGACGAUCGGGGGCCGGAGCGAGGCGCAUAUGAGGCGUAUGGGAAUGUGAUGGGGCGAGGUAGGUACGGGGAAGGAAGAGAGCGUGGAUACAGUGGCGAGAGUGGGCGUAGAGGGACGGCUUUUGAGUCGACUCGUAGGUCAUAUGGGGAUGUGAGGGGGCGAGGUAGCCCUGGGGAGGCGAGAGAGCGCAGUUACAUUGGUAAGGAUGGUCGUAGAGUGGAGGGGGAGAGGGAGCGGCGGAGGGGAGAAUGGGAGGGGAGGGAGGGGAGGGAGGGAGAGAGUUGGAGGGGAGAAAUGGAGGAGCUUGAGGGGGAGAGAUGGAGGGGAGGAAGGGAGGGGGGUGCGGGGGAGAGGAGGCGGACAACUAGAGAAGGGAGCAGGUGGCAAGGGGCGCAUGGGGGUGGAGGGUUCAACAAGGGUUCAGGCGAGGUUGAAGGUUUAGGGAGAAACCAGGGAAGGGUUUUAAGUUCCCAAUCUAACAGGGAAAUUGCAGGGUCGGACGGGGACGGAUAUGAGGACGAGCUGUUUGGGUGGUCGUCCGCUGCUGAUGACUUGGAGGCACAGCUGCAGAGGGAGGAGCGGCGAUCCGUGUAUGUCCCGAGGGGGCCCAGAGGCGUGCAGCAGCAGCAGAGACAGAGGAGUGGGGAGGGGGACAGGUAUGAGGACGAGCUGUUUGGGUGGUCGUCCAUUGCUGAUGACUUGGAGGCACAGCUGCAGAGGGAGGAGCGCCGGUCCGUACAAAACUGGCUGGGCCUAUCCGGACGGAAAAAGCCGCUCUCCGCCGCCCAGAAGGACCAGUUCUUCAACGUCGCGCCGCCCGAAGGCGAUCCCGAAAUCGCCCCUUUAGAUCCGCACUUCCCCUUCCAAUACAGCUACUCCGAGACCCCCUCCACCCCCCCCAUCGGUUACCGCGAGCCCCCCUUCUCCCCCUUCGGCCCCGCUACCAUGUCCCGCCCCUGGACCGGGCGCGCCCCCCUCAAAAAGGCGAAAAAAGGUGGCGGGGCGGGGAAUUUACCCCGGGUGAUUCCGGAGUUUGACUCGUUUGUGGCGCCGAGGCGGAAGAGGGGGAUGAAGGGCGUGCAGCCCCCGGGGCCGUUUGGGGAGGGGGAGGGGCCGCGGUAUGUGCGGACACGAGAGGAGGUGCUGGGGGCGCCGCUGACGAGGGAGGAGGUGGAGGAGAUGGUUGCAGACUGCAAUAAGGGGCGAAGACAGGUGAACCUAGGUCGAGAUGGGCUGAUCCACAACAUGCUGGAGCUGAUUCACACGCACUGGAAGCGGCGGCGGUGCGUGAAGGUCAAGUGCAAGGGCGUGCCCACCGUUGACAUGGACAACGUGUGUCACGUGGUGGAGGACAAGACGGGAGGCAGGAUCAUCAAACGACAGGGCGGCACCCUCUACGUGUUCCGCGGGCGCAACUACAACUACCGCCUGCGCCCGCGCCUGCCGCUCAUGCUGUGGAAGCCCCCUGCGCCCAUCUAUCCCAAGCUCAUCCAAGACGCGCCUGGGGGGUUGACUCUGAGGCAGGCUCAAGAGCUAAGACGCAUCGGCAGGAAGAUCAAGCCACUCUGCAAGCUGGGCAAGAACGGAGUGUACCACCGGCUGGUGGGCGUGGUGAGGGCGGGGUUUGAGGAGGCGGAUCUGGUGCGAGUGGAUUGCAAGGGCAUGAACAAGAGCGAUUACAAGAAGAUUGGUGCGAAGCUGCGGGUGAGUGGAGUGUUUGGGAGUUUAUGCCCUCUCAUUGGCCUCGCACUGCACCCUCUUGCCUCCUCUCACCCUCUUGCCUCCUCUCACCCUCUUGCCUCCUCUCACCCUCUUGCCUCCUCUCACCCUCUUGCCUCCUCUCACCCUCUUGCCUCCUCUCACCCUCUUGCCUCCUCUCACCCUCUUGCCUCCUCUCACCCUCCUGCCUCCUCUCACCCUCUUGCCUCCUCUCACCCUCUUGCCUCCUCUCACCCUCUUGCCUCCUCUCACCCUCUUGCCUCCUCUCACCCUCUUGCCUCCUCUCACCCUCUUGCCUCCUCUCACCCUCUUGCCUCCUCUCACCCUCUUGCCUCCUCUCACCCUCUUGCCUCCUCUCACCCUCUUGCCUCCUCUCACCCCUUGCUUCCUCCCCACCUCCUUUCCUCCUCUCACCCCUGUGCCUCUUCUCAUCCCCUUCUCUUGGCACUGGCAGAAGCAGCCAUUGCAGGUUCAGUGGCAGAGGGGGGGGGGAACAAUCUGGCAGGAAGUAUUUCAGGGGGGUUGGUGGGAGGUGGGAAUGUGGGAGUGGAGGCUGGGAUGGAAGGAGGGGAGGUGGGAGAGAGGCAGGGAGGUGUGUGGAAGUUUGAUGUGGAGGAUGAGGGGGAGGUGGAGGUGAGUGUGAGUGUGGAUGCAGAUGGUGUGAUGGUGGGUAGGAAGUUGUGGUGCCUUUUCGUGAUCGCGCUCCUACUAUGUGCGUCCAUCCACGCCGCCGACGCGAAGAAAAAGAAAAAGGUAGUAGUGGAGGAAGAGGAGGCAGCUGACGAGGGAAGCGCCGCGGCUGAGCAGAGCGACGAGGGAGACGCAGAAGAGAAAACGACCUCCAAAGCUUCCAAAUCCGACGCUGAAGCGUCAGAGGAUGAAGACGCAGAGCCGCCUGCGAAACCCUUAAAGUCGUCGAAAAAAGCCAGCAAGCUCAAGAAGGCAGCGGAGGAGGACGAGGGGGAGGAGAAGGAGGAAGCAGCAGCAGACGCCGACGAGGCUGAUGCCCCUGCUCCGAAAAGGGUAAAGUCUGCAAAGAAAGCGAGCGACGACGAAGAGGAGGACGCAGACGCUGCACCUGUCGCUAAGAAAAAGGCUGCAGCGGACGACGAGGAAGCUUCCGCGGAAACGGAGGACGAAGAGGAAGCUCCUGCGGCGAAAAAGAAGCCUGCAGCAAAAAAGAAGGCUGCAGCCGCGGAGGAGGAAGGUGGGGAAGAUGAAUCAGCCGAGGAGGAGGAUAAGCCGAGCAUGGCCGCUGCAGCUAAGGCCGCCAGCGCGAAGGAAGCGGCUACAGAAGAGGACGAGGAAGCAGAGAGCGAGAAGGUAACGGCGACUGAAGCCGAUGAGGAGAAACCCGCUGGUGCGAAAGCUGCGAAGGGCGGCGUCGCGGCUGUUUCUAAGGAGCCGCCUAUGGAGUCGCCGAAAGUCCCAGUCUCGGCGUGGAAGUCGAAAAACCAGACGCGCGACGACAUUGAUCCGCAAGGUGCUUGCAAGCGGGACAUCACGCUUCACUGCCAGGGGAUUACGCCCGGCGAGGCUCAGCUGUCGCUGUGCCUCGUCUUCCACAUCAAGAACGAGAAGGCUGGCAACGAAGUCGCCACGAUCAUGGUGUCCAAGAAGUGCCGAGCGGAGAUCCGGCAGUUCCGCUCCGACAUGUACAGGGACCUCUCAAUGGACAAGGCAAUGUCGACGGCGUGCAAGGCGGACAUCACCAAGUUCUGCGACGACGACUUCCUCUAUCCCGAACCCGGCAACAUCAUUGCUUGCCUCAGGGAGGUGAAGCAGGUGGAGAAGCUGCAGGACGCGUGUCUGGCGGAGGUGCUGCGGCACCAGAUGGAGGCGGCGGACGACUUCGUGAUGGACCCGCAGCUCCGCGAGCUCUGCAGCGGCGAGGCUGACCGCCUCUGCAAGGGCGUCGAGCCCGGGGAAGGCCGCAUUCAGAACUGCUUGAGGGAGCACCGUGCGAAGCUGGCGUGGGAUUGCCAGGCGGAGCUGUUCCGGCAGGAGGUGGAGAACGCCGAUGACAUCCGUCUAAACGUUCGCCUCUUCCAAGCGUGCCUGAACGACCAGCGCAAGUUCUGUGCAGAUGUGAAGUAUGGAGAUGCGCGUGUGAAGGACUGCCUGGAGGACCAUCGCCUCGACGACGAGUUCUCCCCUGGCUGCAAGACGGAGUUUGAGAAGAUGAUGGCGCGGAGGGCGACGGACUUCAGGCUGGACUCGCGCCUGCGCAAGUACUGCAAGGGCGACAUUGCCGAGAUCUGCUACCCGGAUGCGGAGGACAUAUCAGACGUGGCGAACUACGACGCCAAGGUGAUCCAGUGUCUGCAGGACUACCGAGACGAGCUCAAGGACCCCAAGUGCAAGGCGCAGGUGCACAAGCUCACCGAGAGGGAGAUCGACAUCCGCUUCAACAAGCCGCUCGCCGACGCCUGCCAAGCUGAUCGCACAACGGUGUGCAAGGAUGCACCGGACGGGCAGGCGUCGGUGUUCAUGUGCCUGCAGGACCACAUGCCGCAGCUCAAGGAGGCCUGCCGCAACUCUGUCUUCGAGCAGUUGGUGCGCAUGGCGGAGGACAUAGACUUCAAGUUCCCCAUGAAGAAGGCGUGCCAGUCGGAGCUCGACAAGUUCUGCAAGGACGUGCCCCACGGCCACGCAUCGCGCAUCAAGUGUCUGCAGGACCACAUUGACGACGCUGAUUUCGGAGAGGCGUGUCGCAAGGAGGUGCAAUCGGACCUCGUGCGAUCGGCACAAGACUACCGGCUGAACUACCGGCUGCACAAGGCAUGUCUGCCGGACAUCCAGCAGCAGUGCCUGCACGCGUGCGACGCCGCAUCAGCCAACGGCACGGCCACGUGCGGCGGCAUGGUGCUGCGCUGCCUGCAGGACAACAAGGCCAAGCUGCAAUCGCCCUCCUGCGCCCAGGAGGUCGACUCCUUCAGCGUGAUUCAGUCCAAGGACCCCCUGUCCUUGGAUGUGCCGCUGCAGAAGGCGUGUCAGGGGGAUCUGGUCAAGCUGUGCCCGGAUGUGAGCCGGGACCACGCUCGCACGCUCUCGUGCCUGCGGACCAAGAGGGAGAAGCUGUCGACAUCGUGCCGGGAGGAGGAGAUGCGAUUCAGCAUCAUGGAGGCAUCGGACAUUCGCCUCACACCGUCACUCAUGAACGCAUGCGGCCAAGAGCUGCAGAGUCUGUGCCGUGACGCGCCCCCCACGGAGGGGCAGGCGUUCAAGUGUCUGCAGGAGCACCUGCAGGACGUGGGCAUGGGCGCGGCGUGCAAGGGCGAGGUGAACCUGCAGGAGGCGCGGCACGCCUCCAACUACCGCCUGGACGUGCGCGUGCGCAAGGAGUGCGAGGACGACGUCACCAAGUUCUGCAACGGCGUGGACGCGGGGCAGGAGGGCCAUGCGCUCGUGCUCAAGUGCAUGGUCGGCAGCUUCAAGAGCCUCUCCUCCUCCUGCCAGUCCGAGGUGUCCUAUGCGGUGCGCAUGGCCCUCUUCCAGUACCACAAGGGAGCAGCACUCACGCAGCCGUGCGACACAGCAGUAGAAGAGCUCUGCAACACCGGCAGUGCCGCUGCUGCCACCACGCCCGUCAAAGAGAUCAACGGCGCUGUCAUCGGUGUGUACGGGCAGUGCCUCGUGUCGCAGAAGCGCCAGCGCCUGCCGGAGGAGUGUCGCACGCUGGUGAAGCUGGUGGCCAAGGAGGGCGCGUAUGUGGGCGGCACCGUGGACCAGAACAAGCUUGAGGAGACACUCAUGAAGCUCAAGGCGCUACAGGAGGCUGCAACAGCAGCGACAACAGCAGACGGUGGGAGGGUGGUCCCUCACGACACAGGCCUCGUGAUUUCCGGCUGGCUGGCUGCUGCUGCCCUCGCAGCCGUGGUCAUUGUCGCCAUUGCUAUCAGCUGUGCUGUCUACUACAGGUUCUUUAGCCCCACUCGCAACUACACUCUGGUUGUUAAGUCCGCUCCUGGUGCUGUUGGGGUGUAG